CUUCAACUUUUUAGUCAGUUCAGAGGAGACCGUCGAAGUGCGGUCUCCGUGAAGCCCCCAAACGCACCGAGGAAUUUAUUGCAAUGCAGUAUUGCACUUAUUGCAACAGCUGGAGGCAAUGCACCGAUUGCAUCAACUGCAUUCUCUUCAGGCAUUGCUGUCGUUGGAGUAGUUGCAAGCCUGACAGCCCGCAGUGGCCGUGAUUGCAUUAGCUGCUUUCGCAUGCAUUGCACUGCUUCGAAAACUUGCUCGCUUUGCAAUCAUUAAUUGCAUUUGUCGCAUGCCUCGCACCAGCUGUAUUGAUUGCACCCGUUGCGUGCCCUGUCCCGGUUGCAUUAAUCUCUGCCCUGGGGUUAAUGGCACGGGUGCAGCAUGACUGUCAAGCAGCGCAAAGGAGGCAAAGGGCGGAAUGAGAACAAUGCUGGGGCUCUCGUUGCUCCGGGCUGGACGGAAGAGAGGGCGGCCGGAGGUCCCAGACACAGGGAAGCCUGGGCUUGGAGGUGCCGAGCCGCGCUGGGGCUGCUGCUGCUCGGGGUGGCCGCCGCCGGGGUGGCCGUGCUGGGCUGGCUGCUAGUGCACCAGCUGCAGUCCCUGGAGCAGCUGGGAGAGACGGUGGGGAAGCUGCGGGGCCGCCUGGCGGAGCUGGAGGUGCUGAAGGAGCAAGAGCAGAGGACGAGAGAGCAGCUGUCUAACAUGGUCGAGCUGGAGCGGCGACUCUCUGACCUGGAGCUGGCCCAGAUGCUGUCUAGGCAGAAACUGGAGCGAGCCUCUUCCGCUGCUGAGCGCAUCGUGGCCUCUGACCCCAUCGGCAAGCUUGCCGCCUUCCAGGCAGAAGUGAAGCAGGCCAUCAGUGAGCUGAGAGGAGAGCUCUCCUCCGGGACAGAGCUGGCUGCGCUGCAGAGCCAGCUGGAGCAGCUGAGAACCACCGAGCUGGAGAUGCUGAGGCAAGAGGUGGCCGGGCUCUUGGCGUCGGGUUCCAGGCUGGAGCAGAGCGUGGCCUCAUUGACCAGCUCCCUCACCAGUGCCCAGAGGAGCCUGGAAGAGAAUGCCCACAGCCUGCAAGCCAUGCAGCAGGAAAUGGAGCACACUAAGGUGGCUGGCGAGAGAUUGGAGAACAGCAUUGGCUCCCUGUCAGCCCAGACCUUCAUCCUGGAGGGAAGCCUCAAGCGCACCACACUGCUGACACACGCCCUGCAGCUGCAGCUGAAGGAGAACAGCAAGGCUCUGGCUGGGCUGCAGGAAGUGGUAGCAAAUCAGAGAGGGAGUGACAGCUCUGAGCCUCAGCAGCUGGAGAACCUCUGGGUGCAGAUCCAGCAGCUGCAGAUGGAGAGAUCAGCCAUGCAGGAGCAGGUGAACGAGGCGCUGCACAGCAUUGCUGACCAGAGGAGAGAGCUGCAGGGCAGGAUCUUGGAGCUGGAAACUGCUGUUCAUGCUCUUCAGGGCCAUGUGACUCAGGUGGAGCUGGGCAUGGUCAGUCUGAACACACAGCUCUCCGCUGCCGUGGAGCAGCAGCUGCAGGGUCUAAAGCUUGGGAUGGCCAAUCUGGAGAGCAGCCUGGGCACCAGCUUGCAGCAAUGUCUCUCAGGAGAAGUACAAACCCGCUGUGAGAAUGAGGGCAGCUGUGUGUGGCCGCAUGUCCGCGAGGUCAGCUUCCCGCACCAUGUCCCGACCCAGCCCGCGAUUGUGCUGGGGCUGGUGGGGCUGAGCGCUCGCGGCUCCGUGGGCAUCUCGGUGAGAGCUGUGGACGUCACAGACUCUGGCUUCAAAAUACACAUUGCCAACAUGGGCAAUCAGAGCCUGUCCAGCGUGAGGGUCUCUUGGAUGCUGUGUGCCUAGACGGAAACUGUUAUGCAGUCCUUGGAGCAAGCAGCUGGGGCAUUGGAAGCAGUGGUUACUGAGCUGGUGGCAUCUGCUUUACUUGGACACAACUGUGGUUUGCUUUGUUUUUCUUUACUGUAAUUAUACCUUACGGGGAGUCUGUGUAGAUGGGAUUCCAAUUAAUAGUCCCUCUCUUGGGAGCUGUGUACCCCCAUGGAAUGGCAGGCUGAACAGCCCCAGGCCUUGCUGAAGGCUCCUGGAAAGUGCAACUGACAAGAUCUGUCUUAAACUUUCAAACAUAAGCGCCUAAACUGAACCACCAACUAUAUGCACAUGUGCAACUGUGUGUGUGUGCAUUUAGCCACUCUGCAUCCACAGAUGUGUGGCUUGCUCCCACAAAAAGAUGCACCACAAGGCUGAUUGUGAGGGAAGUUUAGCACCCGAGUCUGUAGAGUUGGCCUGUAAACAUCUUUAUUUAGGGAUUUUUGGGGUUUUAUUUUCAGUAGCAACAGUUGGAAUGUUCUGCUGCUGCCCAUGUAGGAUUCUACACAGUGCUUUGCAUGUCAGAAGUGUUAAAACUUAUUCAGGGAUGAUGUUAAUGGCUGGAUGCAGCCAAACUACCAAAGAUGUGGGACUACCUCUUUGUGUGUGUUGCCAGUUGAAAUUUCCUGGCUGAGCCAGUUGCUUCUGGCACAGUGUGAGCUUGCCUAUAUGGCAGAGGGCAUUGCUAGUCAGGGCUGCUCAUUCCUCGCAGAGCUAUGGCUUCUUCUACUCUGAGCUUUAUCCUGGAAGAGAUGGACAGUCAUGCUAAGCUUUCUUGUAGCAUUGCAAGGUGGACUAAGCCUUCUCUGGACCUCUGAUCUCCCGAAGUGAAAUACCAGUGCGUUCAGACUG